AUGCUCAAGCUGCAUUCUGAUGAUGUUUUGCGCCGCUUGCAGAGGUUGGAGGCGGCAGUUUUCAACCAGCCUCGUCAGUCACUAGAGCCGCCACAAGUGGAUAAAUCGAUUCCAAGAGUUCCCUCAAUAAGAUUCACCGCAUUCGGAAUCCAUCUGAUGAUCCCAAAGCCAGACGAAGCCGAGGAACAAAGGGUCUACAUGGCAAAUUUGGCCAACAAGUUACCUCCUCAAGCUCAAGCGAGGCUCUUACUCGAACACUUUGCGAAAACAUCCCAUCCGAACAGUUGUAUUUUACAUAUCCCAUCAUGUCGUACCUUGCUGGAGCAAACUUAUGAGAGCAUAUGCACGGGAGGGAUGCCUCCAAUUGAAAAUUUACUGCUGCUGUUCGGCAUAUUUGCAGCAGCAGCGUUUCUUUGGUCUUUGGAACUUCUUCAGAACCUCCAAGCGACACGUGCAGAAGCAAAAGCUGCUUUUAUUGAAUACCUUCGGGUAGGCGUCUCUAUUAUUGAUAACACCGUGCGACCAAUCACCCCGUCCACAAACGCCCUGGCAGCCAUGUGCAACCUACAUAACGUGACUACCCAUGCUCGGGGACUAUCGGACAUCGAUGUGGCUUUGCGCAUGAAGUGUUACGGGAUGGCCCGCACCUUGCAGAUCGAUCGUCUUGAUACGGCAAAGAGUCGAGAAGAACGCAGGCAAAAAGGGUGCAACAUGAUUGAGGUGGAAGUCCAGAGAAGAAUUUGGUGGAAUUUAGUGGGCAGCGAUUGGUACAUGAUAUCUAACUCUUUUACUACGAAAGACACUAAUUCCUCUUUCAGGCUAAACUCGUUUUCAGGCGGGCCAAACGACGGCGCGUACUUUCUCCAACCCAAACACAUGAAUGUCCGGCUUCCGGCAAACGUGGACGAUAAAGAUGUUACGGCGGACAUGGUGGAGAAGGAUAUUCCCCUUACCCAACCUUCGGAUAUGAGUGGAUUCAUUCAUCGUGUUAAGAUAUCUCAAAUAUGCCGAGAGGUUGUUGACGCUCUGCCGUCACAAUUUCAUGACGCUGACGGGACAGGCUACAGCACUAUUCUACAAAUGGACAAGAAGUUCCGUGCCUUUCUGGACGGGCUGCCGGUUUACUUUCGGCUAGACCCAGAAAGUAUGGAACGGUCCAAAGAUAUUUGUAGAGAGCGCCCAAUCAUUGCACUGCAGCGAGUUGGCGUCAACUUCAGCAUAGGCAUACGACUGUGUCGUCUUCAUAGACCGUACCAUCUAGAAGGCCUCACAAACUCAACAUAUGCAUACUCCCACACGGCUUGCAUCCAGGAAGCGCAGAAAGUUCUUGAUCUGCGUCGUGCUAUGGAUGAAUGUGGCUCUCCGCUGGGCAUGAAUCCGGCUCGUUCCUGGAUUGUAAUGCAGCACGUUUCCAUCGCGGCACUCAUUCUCGCAACAGAUGUGUCUUUCAACCCGCUGGCACGGGAUGCAGAGCAAAGAAAAGCUAAAGUACUUGCUACUUGCGAGCUUCUGGAAAAGUCAAUAGAAGAUUCCGAGUCCGUCGUGGAGGGCGUUCAGCGCAAUGUGCAGGUUCUCAUAUCGACGCUGCAGAAACAACGGGCUCAGAGCACAAGUAGACAUGAAGCAGCUGCAUCUCCGUAUCCAGCGCCCGGUAUGGAGCAAUUGAGGGACGCCGCCAUGGCGAAUGCUGAUGAUAAUACGGCAGCGAAUCUUGUAGGUAGCACAGACAGGAAUAACGGCUUUCUAGAUGAAUUGAGCGAGGAUCGGACUGAUUGGGAUCAGCUCUGGGAGGACUUUAUUUCAAUAGCGCCGGAAAUGGACGUGGCGCAUUGGGAUCUUUUGUUUGAGGAUGUGCAGCCGGCAUAG